GCGCACGCGUGCCGUCCAGGACCCGAGCGGCCUGCAGGUUGGCCGAAAAAGAGAGGGUGAUUGACAGGACCUCAGCUAUGGCUACAGUUGCUGCAUUUCAAAGUGUUUGCUCAUGGAACAGAAGAUGUCUCCUAUUCUCACUGCGGUGGUCAGCCAAGUUGCUGCCAAAGCCCAGAGUUUUAUUAUCAGUGCCUACUCCCACGUCCAACCAGGCAAGUGGCCAGUAUUGUUCCUUUUCACAACGUGCUGAGAUCCACACGUCUGCAGCUAAUUCCGCAGGGCACAACAAAUGGUCAAAGGUGAAGCACGUCAAAGGGCCAAAGGAUGCUGAGAGGAGUCGGAUGUUUGCUAAGUUGUCGAUAAUGCUUCGCUUUGCAGUGAGAGAAGGAGGCUCAAACCCUGAGUUUAACACACAGCUGGCCAAUGUCAUUGAGCAGUGUCGAGCCAAGAACAUGCCCAAAACAUCCAUUGAAGCUGCUAUCAAAGGGGCAAAGUCCAAGGCUUCAAUCUAUUCAUUGUAUGAAGGGAGAGGCCCAGGAGGAUCAUCUCUGCUGAUUGAAGUUCUAACAGACAACAACAGCCGGUCACAUCAAGAGAUAAAAAACAUCCUGAAUAAAAAUGGGGGCUCUCUCUGUGAGGGUGCUCGCCACUGCUUUGAGAGGAAAGGUGUGGUGACAGUGAAUGGACUGGACAACCAUGGUCAGCAGAUUGAGUUGGAACAUGCUCUGGAACUGGCAAUUGAAGCAGGGGCUGAGGAUGUUAAACAGGCUGAGGAUGAAGAAGACAAGGUGAUCCUGAAGUUUGUUUCUGACAUACCGUCUCUACGAGAUGUAAGACAGAGGUUGAAUGCACUGGGAUUGCUGACUGUUACUGCUGCGCCUGAGUUUAUUGCCACAACCACCGUCCAGCUAACAGACACAGAUUUGGAGGCAGCAUUUUGCUUGAUUGGACUGAUUGAUGAAUAUCAGGACGUUUUUAAAGUCUAUGAUAAUAUUGAGUCAAAAAGUUGACUGACAGCAAGAGAGAGAAUUCUGUACUUUAUUGGCUGCUGCAUCAAUGAUUGGGAAGCACAGCUGAACAUUGUGUUGAGAUUGAUUGAGAACCAUUUCAAAGAUACUGAUGGUGAUUUCUUCUCUGUGUUGACAAAAACAGCUGUGUACACCCCUCCUCUGAGUAAAGGAUGUGAUUACUUGACAGUGCUUGCCAAUCAUGGAAUCCCUAUUAUGGAAGCAGGCCAUUCAGCCCAUUGAGUCCACACUGAUCCUCUGAAGAGCUUUUCACCCAGACCCAUGCCCCCUACCCUAUCACUGUAAGUCUGCUUUUCCCAUGGAUAAUCCAACUAGUCUGCACACCCCUGGAUACUACAGGACAAUUCAGCAUGACCAGUCAACCUAAUCUGUACAUCUUUGGACUGUGGGAGGAAACCACAGCACCCAAAGCAAACCCGUGCAGACACAGGAGAAUAUGCAAACUCCAACAGAUGUUCACCAAAGGGUGAAAUCAAACACAGGUUCCUGUAGCUGUGCGGCGGCAGUGCUGAGUCACCACGCCUCCCUGUGAGAGAAAUAAAGUGGGACAGCUUUUGCAACUUGUGCCUUCAGGAAAGUUGGAGGAAGUAAGCCUGAAUAAUAGCAAAAUUUGCAGUAAUUUAUUCUUAAAUUUAAGUCCUGUAAUUUUGUUUUGUAGUUUGCACCAAUGAUAAUGUGUAUGCCAGUGCUCGGAGAGAUAGAAAGCGCUCUCUAUCAUGUACUCAAUAAAUAAGUAGGGCCAGUCA